UUCUGAUUUGAUGUGAUUUUGACUUUAUAAUAAUUGCUCUUGUAGAUUUGUUGCAGACAUGAUUAAAGAUAGCCACAUGACUAACCACUAAAGAUUUUAUUUCACUGCGUUUGUGUGUGUCUCGGGAUGUUUUGAGCCAAGUGGACUCCAUAAACUACCUGUAUCCUAAUACAGUCCAGUUGCAGAAGUAUUCCGUAGAUGACAUUCGUGAAAAUACUGAGCCAUUUCUUAAAUAUUUUGCCAAAUUCUUUGUAGACUACGCAAAUGUGAAAGCAAUUGUGUUCAUUAGUAUAUUCCACCUGUAAAAGAAAGAAUAUGUCAUUUUUAAACAAUCUUUUGAGAGCUAGGUUGAAAAUUUAUCUUCAACCAUCACUUUUCAAGUUUUUAAGAUUUAUUUCAUUUUUUGCGGGUACUUGAAAAUGUUAGAAAUUUUCUUCUUAUCCGUUUUUUUCUCUGUGUUAACUCACAGCUGAGUCCCCCAUUUGAAUAAACAGUGGCCCCGCCCUCGCUACUCAGCUCAAAAAAAAUCUACGUGACGUGUACUUAAUUGCGCCCUCUGUUGUUCAACUUAACAUCCCGGAACUUGUAUUGCUGUUAUCAACAUCAACACCGACUAACUUUGGUUUCACUUUUAGGAACGACGCGGACGGACAGGUCACCUCAGUAUGUUGUAUUUCUGAAACGUUACAGUUUUCAGCAUAUUUCAUGGUAUUCGUACUUUUAGACUGGCCAAGGAAAUCCGCAGAGACUGAGCUUUAAAUUAACCAACUAGUCUUGCGGCACAAUGUUCACUCCAGGUGAAUCUCGUCAGUUCCUGCCAUGAUGCCAGCACAAAUUCAAACCACAGAGCAAACCAAGAUGACCUGCAGUGCCUUCUUCACCGUCCUCGUCAUUCUCUUCAAUGUGUCGGUCUUCCUCUUAUCCAGCGGCAAACAGUUUGACUGGUUCACACCACGCUCGGGACAUUACGACAAAAAAUACAGUGUUUUCACCGAGGCUGACAGACAGCAGCGUUUGGAGGAUGUUAGGAGAAUGUUCUAUUAUGGAUAUGAUAACUAUAUGACCCAUGCAUUUCCACUGGAUGAGCUGGAUCCCAUACACUGCAGAGGUAGGGGACCAGACCAUGGCAAUCCCUCCAACUUGAACAUCAACGACGUGCUUGGUGGUUACUCUCUGACAUUGAUUGAUGUUUUAGAUACACUUGCUAUCAUUGGUAACAGCAGUGAGUUCAAGAGAGCAGUAAACCUGGUCAUCGAUAACGUGACCUUCAACCAGAACACCACUGUACAGGUGUUUGAAUCCACAAUAAGAGUAAUGGGAGGACUGUUGUCGGCCCACCUCUUGAUCAUUGACCCCUACCAACCCUACGGUGACCUCUACCCUGACGAUUACGAUGGACAGCUGCUUCAUAUGGCUCAUGACCUGGCUGUCAGGCUACUGCCAGCCUUUGAGAAUACACCAACAGCGAUUCCACAUCCACGGGUGCAUCUGUGUGAGGGAGUACCCACCAAUGGAAUCCAGGAGGCCUGCACGGCGGGGGCAGGCUCUUUGAUCCUGGAGUUUGGUCUCCUGGGCCAGCUGGUGGACGAUCCCAUCUUUGAGCGGGUUGCUCGGAGGGCCAUGGAUGCCCUAUUUGCCAGACGAUCCAACCAGACAGGAUUGCUAGGAAAUGUGAUCAAUAUUCAGACAGGGGAGUGGAUUGGUAUUCAGAGUGGCCUAGGUGCUGGGUCAGACUCGUUCUAUGAAUAUUUAAUUAAGUCAUUCAUUAUGUUCGGUAAAGAGCAGGAUUUACAGACUUUCAACGAGAUUUACAGUAAUGUCAAGAAACACAUGAGAAAAGGGAGAGAGUUUUGCACCAGGGGUCAGGGCAAUGUCCCUCUGUACGUCAACGUGAACAUGAAGGACGGGCGAACGGUGAAUUCCUGGAUUGACGCCCUGCAGGCCGCGUUUGCUGGCGUGCAGGUGUUAGCAGGUGAUUUGGACGAGGCUAUUUGCUCGCAUGCCAUAUUCUAUGCCAUCUGGAGGAAAUACGGGGCCAUUCCAGAGAGAUUCAACUGGCACACCAAACAACCCGACGUCUCGUUCUACCCUCUACGACCCGAACUCGUUGAAUCUACCUACUUACUGUAUCAGGCCACACAGAAUCCUUUUUAUCUUCAUGUUGGAAGUGACAUCCUUGAAAGUUUGGAGAUGUACACAAAAGCAAGUUGUGGCUACGCGACCCUUCACAACGUCAUCAGCAAGACCAAGGAAGAUCGCAUGGAGAGCUUCUUCCUCAGCGAAACCUGCAAAUAUUUAUUUCUGCUCUUUGACAGUGACAAUCACGUCAACCAAGCAGCUUCUAGGUACAUCUUCACCACAGAGGGUCACCUCUUCCCGAUCUCGGGGAAAUACCGCUCAAAAACCUGGUGGUUGAUGGAUGACAGCAGAGAUUUGUCAAGCACCAGAAUACAUGGCGAUUGCUGCGGCACACUGCCUUAUAAUCAGACAUUAACUGAGUGUGCCUAUGUCCCACGCGAGAGUAAACUCAAGCUGCCUUUGGAGGCUGUGUACCUAGAGCAGAUUGACCAGUUUGUGGGGUUAUGAUGACUUGCCCCGCCCCCCUUGUCCUUCCCUCCCAUCGUAGCCGUCUUCCCUUGGCACGUCACACAGACUCUGUCGGCUACAGACAGACAGCAAAGCUUCACUGAGAGGAGCAAUUCAGCAUGCAGUACACCACCUAGAUUUGGCCUGAGUGCGUUCGCUUUUGGCGGUUAACAACUUGCUUAAAUUGUCCAGUGUUUACAUGCACUCUUGCCCAAACACCAAUGCAAGUGGGAGCAUCAUCCACUCUCCGUCAUUCACAAACGGAAAGUAAAACUUAGUCCGCAAGAUGUGUUGAAACUGCCAGUUUCUAAUAUGCAAGAUGGAUUCUCAAAUAUUUUCCCAUGAUGGACUGAGGAAAGCGGCCUCUAAUUGAUAAUCUCUUGGUGGCUCACUUAAGUGCCAAUUGCUCCUGUGGACAGCACGAAAGAUAAGCCUUUUGUGACCUCGCAGUUGUUUGGUAUACUAACCUCUGCCUGUUAGACAUCUGGAAAGUUAAUUUUUCCAGACUAGAGGUACUUUCAACGUAUAAUUUGGAAUGUCUCUUGCACACUUUAUGUAUUCUCAGGACAAUUUCAUUUAGCGUCCAUUUACCAGCCCCUGAUUGAUUUUGCGUGGUAACGCACAAAUAAAAGUAUCCUGGGUAGUGGGUACCAUGCAAAAUUUACUUGUUGUUGUUGAUCGAUGGUCACUGGCUGAACUUUCUGGAAAGGUCUGGCACAAAAAUGCCAGACCUUUCCAGAACUUGAGGUUGCUUUGGUAAGGCUUUCCCAGUUGUGUGAUACACCAGUAAUGUGUUUUUGGUCUAGGAACCUCCAAUGUUGAUGCUGGACGGCACAUAUAAAAAUCAGGAAAUUGGAGUAGACGUUAAUUGUUUAGGACCCUUAAGUAUUAGCAAUUUUCUGUGUCUAAGGGUGUUUACAGAUUAUUUUCUGUAUAUUUUGUCAGUCACAAAAAUAUUUUCGUGGUGCUAAUUAUCAUGAUAUAUAAAAGAACUAAUUUUUGUAAUUUUUAAACUUAUUCUGAGUAAUCAACCAAAUUUGACAAGGUAAUCCCUUUAAUUUUAUAAAUUGGUCGCAGUUUUAGUAAUUGGGCUAUAUUUUUGACUGCAAAUCUGCAGUGAACCACGAAUCAUUGUGCAUAUUUAGUACACAUUUAUCAACAUUUUUAGCAGAAUUUCCUGGUGAUUACUCCAACGUGCAACCAAUACAAACACAAAAUACGGCAAAUUAUUAUAAAAAGAAAAUCUUAUGAGUUCAUUUACAUUGUAAGAUUUAAAUAAGUAAGAUUUAAAUUAAGCUAGAAUGUUUCAGUUAGAAAAAAACAAACAAAACAGUAUUCAAUUCCCUCCCAAGAGGAUGGAUCUUUAGAAGGAAUCUGAUUGUUCAAAUUGAAUGAGGCUUUAAUGAUUAAACUUAACAAUAUUUUUUAGUGUAUUAUUUUAGCCAAGCUAUGCACUGUACAACAGACAAUUCUGAUAGUCAGUCUUGGCACUCUAGUUUUCAAAAGCAAGAAAUUUUUCAAGUAAAAUGGUUAACUUUUCCUUUUUAUGUCACUAUUUGUUUAAGGUCAUGGUAAAUGAAACAGUUACUGACUUCAUAAGUUUCUUUCAUCCUGAAUUAAUGGCUGUUUAUGCAUGCAGUACAAACUGGUAAAUUAGACAAAAGUCAAGCUAAAACAUUCUUUCUGAAAUAACGCUUUAAUGAUAAAAACUGUCAUUUAGGAAAACUUUAAGAAAAGUUAGUCAUAAAACGAUCACAAAAUGCACAUCUUCUGUAACUGUCUGUGGCAUAUUAUCUGAAUCCCAGUAAAAUUUAAAUUCUGUCCCCUUUAACACAUUGAAAUAAAAAUGGGAAAAUAAUCAAGCAAAGGAGUAACUAUUCAACCAUUCCACUACUUACUUCCCGGGUUACAAGCAGAUAGGGGAAGGUUUUUUCCCCAUAACUGGGAUAUUUAUUAUUGGUGCUUCCUUCAUUUGACAAUUUCUUUCGUAUACUAUUCAUAAGAUAUUUCCAUGGUAUCCAUGGUUAACACAAUAUACAGUACCAUGCCUUUGGAAAUGUUGCAUUUAAACACAACUUAAUCAAGGGUGCAAGCAGGUUGAUAUGAAAAUGUGAACCUGAAUUAAUGUGAGAGGCAUAUUUAUGAGGCACUUUGUAUGGCAAUAUGGUAUCUUUGUAAAGUUACAGAUUUAUGAGUCUAUCUUCCAUUUGGAGAUCAUUUCAACAAUAAAAGCUCUAUAUUUCAUAUUUUUAAAUUA